AUGUCAAAUCAAGAAUUUUGGUUAAAUUAUUUAGAUAGUCCUACAUUAUCGGUUUUACCUCAUGACUUUUUAAAGCCCGCUAAUAAUCAAUCAGUUGAAGCUUCUUACAGUUUUGAAGUUUCAGACAAGAAAAAGAAUGAUUUUUCAUUAGGAUUGGCUGUAUUUGGUGCUUUAAUCUAUAAAUUGACUGGUGAUGAAGACAUAGUUGUUUCUACUGACACUGAAUCAAGUCACAAGGAAUUCAUAGUCAGAAUGAACUUGACUCCUACAUUGAAGUUCAAUGAGUUAUUAGAUAAUGUCAAAAAGGAAUAUGAAAACAAUUCUAAGAAAAUUGACUACGAAUCGUUGGACGAAGUCGCUGAAUAUAUUAAAACGUCCAAGAAAUUGGAAGAUUACCCAACAUUGUUCAGAUUGUCAUAUCAACAUGAAAACCCAGCUCAGCAAUUGUCAACCACAGUUCAGGGUUCUAUCCGUGAUUUAGCAUUCUUUGGUCCAGGAAAAGAUGGAAAAUUCAGCAUUUACUAUAACUCUUUAUUAUACAAAUAUGACAGAAUUGUGAUUUUGGCUGAACAAUUUCAGAAAUUUUUAGGAGCAGUUUCUGCAAAUCCUAGCAUUGAGAUUUCCAAAGUGAACUUAAUGACUGAUUCACAAACCAGUAAGUUACCAGACCCAACUUUAGAUUUGGAUUGGUCGGGAUAUCGUGGUGCUAUACAAGAUAUCUUCAUGAAAAAUGCUGAGGAAAACCCUUCAAGCACAUGUGUUGUAGAAACAAAAUCGUUCUUGGACCCUAAGUCUAAAACCAGGUCAUUUAAUUAUCAACAAAUCAACCAGGCCUCUAAUAUCGUGGGUAACUAUUUAAAGGAAACUGGUAUUAAGAAAGGUGAUAUUGUUAUGAUCUAUGCUUAUAGAGGUGUUGAUUUAAUGAUUGCCGUUAUGGGUGUUUUAAAAGCCGGUGCUACUUUCUCUGUUAUUGAUCCUGCUUACCCACCUGCUAGACAAAAUAUUUACCUUUCGGUUGCAAAACCUAGAGGUUUAAUUGGUAUUGAGAAAGCGGGUGUCUUGGACUCUCUAGUUGUUGAUUUCAUUGAUAAAGAAUUGGAUGUUGUUACUACCAUUCCUCAAUUGAAAGUUAAUGAUGAUGGGACUUUGGUUGGUGGACAUACAGAUGAUCAGUCAGUUGAUUGCUUACAAGCAUACGAAAGUUUUAAGGACAAGCCUACAGGAGUCAGAGUUGGCCCUGAUUCUAACCCAACUUUGUCUUUCACUUCUGGUUCCGAAGGUAUUCCUAAAGGUGUAUUAGGUCGUCACUAUUCGUUAGCAUACUAUUUCCCAUGGAUGUCUAAACAAUUUAACCUUUCAUCUAAAGAUAAAUUCACUAUGUUAUCAGGAAUUGCCCAUGAUCCUAUUCAGAGAGAUAUGUUCACUCCUUUAUUCUUGGGUGCCCAAUUAUUAAUUCCAACAUCUGACGAUAUUGGAACUCCUGGAAAAUUGGCGGAUUGGAUGGCUGAAUAUGGUGCUACAGUUACUCAUUUGACUCCAGCUAUGGGUCAGUUGUUGAGUGCUCAAGCAACGACUGCUAUUCCAAGUUUGCACCAUGCUUUCUUUGUAGGUGAUAUUUUGACUAAGAGAGAUUGUUUGAGAUUGCAAAGUUUAGCAGAGAAUGUUUACAUUGUCAACAUGUAUGGUACUACUGAAACCCAAAGAUCUGUUUCCUUCUUUGAAAUCAAGAGUCGUAAAGCAGAUCCAGUUUACUUGAAGAAUUUGAAAGAUGUCAUGCCUGCUGGUAAAGGUAUGCAUAACGUCCAAUUGUUAGUUGUUAAUAGAUACGAUUCUUCACAAACCUGUGGUGUGGGUGAAGUUGGUGAGAUUUAUGUUAGAGCAGCUGGUUUAGCUGAAGGUUACAGAGGAUUACCAGACUUGAAUGCAGCUAAAUUUGUCAAUAAUUGGUAUGUUGACCCUAAGAAGUGGACUGAACAAGAUGAAAAAAAUAAAAAUCCUUCAGAAACUUGGAGAGAAGAUGGAUGGUUCGGACCAAGAGAUAGAUUAUACAGAACUGGUGAUUUGGGACGAUACUUACCUGACGGUAAUGUUGAAUGUUGUGGCAGAGCUGAUGAUCAGGUUAAGAUUAGAGGGUUUAGAAUUGAAUUAGGGGAAAUCGACACUCACUUAUCUCAACAUCCAUUAGUCAGAGAGAAUGUUACCUUAGUUAAAAGGGAUAAAAAUGAAGAACCAACUUUAAUUGCAUAUAUUGUUCCUAAAAACACUCCAGACUUGAAGAACUUCACAUCAGAAGUCGCUACUGAAGAAUCAUCUGAUCCUGUUGUUGGAGGUUUGGUUGCCUACAGAGAAUUAAUCAAGGACAUUAAGGCCUACUUGAAGAAAAGAUUGGCUUCAUAUGCUGUUCCAACCAUGAUUGUUCCAUUAGCUAAGUUACCAUUGAACCCUAACGGUAAGGUUGAUAAGCCAAAGUUGCCAUUCCCAGAUAGUGUUCAAUUAGCCGUUGUUGCAAAAUUAACUGCUGAUAGUAAGGGACAAGAUGCUGAACUGGAAAAUUUCAAUGAAUUGGAAUCAACUAUUCGUGAUUUAUGGUUAGAAGUAUUACCAAAUCGUCCUGCGUCUAUUGCUAGAGAUGAUUCGUUCUUUGAUUUAGGUGGGCAUUCUAUUUUGGGUACCAGAAUGAUCUUUGAAUUAAGAAAGAAGUUAUGCGUUGAAGUUCCAUUAGGUGUAAUUUUCAAGAACCCAACAAUUGAAGCCUUUGCUCGUGAAGUUCAAAAGUUCAUUAAGAAUGAUGAUUUCGAAUUGGCAGGUAACGAGGAAACUAAUGAUGAUGAAACCAAGGCUAAAUCUGUUGAUUAUGCCGGUGAUGCUGCAGAAUUAAUCAAAACCAGCUUAUUGCCUCAAUACGAAUCGCGUACCUCACUUGACACAUCAGAAACCAUUAAUGUAUUCCUUACCGGUGCUACUGGAUACUUGGGCUCUUUUAUUGUCCGUGAUUUAUUGUCAGCACGCCCAGGAAAGUCAGUAAAGAUUUAUGCUCACGUUAGAGCUUCGUCUAAGGAAGCUGGUUUCGAAAGAUUGCGUAACACCGGUUUGACCUACGGCAUAUGGGAUGAAUCUUGGAAUGAAAAAAUUGAAGUAGUUCUUGGUGACUUAUCAAAGCCAAAAUUUGGUAUGGAAGAUACCACCUGGAAUAAGUUAGCUGAAACUAUUGAUGUUAUUAUUCAUAAUGGUGCAUUUGUUCACUGGGUUUAUCCAUACUCUCAAUUAAGAGAUGCAAACGUCAUUAGUACUGUUAAUGUUUUAAACUUGUGUGGUUCUGGUAAGGCUAAGCAAUUUGCAUUUGUUUCAUCUACUUCAGCUAUUGACACUGAUCACUUUGUCAGAUUAUCCGAUGAUUUGGUUUCCAAGGGAUUGGCUGGUAUUCCAGAAUCUGAUGAUUUAUCUGGCUCUGCAAAGGGCUUGGGAACUGGUUACGGUCAAUCCAAAUGGGCAUCUGAACGUAUCAUCAGAACUGCUGGUGAACGUGGAUUAAAGGGUAGUAUUAUCAGAUCUGGUUAUGUUCUUGGAUUUUCUGAAACUGGUGCUACUAAUUCAGAUGACUUCUUGGUCAGAAUGUUAAAGGGUUGUGCAGAAUUAGGAUCUUACCCUGAUAUUUCCAACAACGUCAACAUGGUCCCUGUAGACCAUGUCGCAAGAUUAGUGGUUGCUUCUGCCUUCCAUCCUCCUCAAGAUGACCACUUAGCCGUUGUCCAUGUCACAGGUCACCCAAGACUCCAAUUCAAUACUUACUUGGGUACAUUGGCCGAGUACGGUUACGAUGUUUCGAUCGACGACUACCCAACCUGGAGAUCGGCAUUGGAAAGAUUCGUAGUCCAGGACUCCAAAGACUCCGCAUUGUUUCCAUUGUUGCAUUUCGUUUUGGAUAACUUGCCUCAGAACACCAAGGCACCAGAAUUGGACGACUCCAAUGCUGCUAAAGCUUUGAAAUCUGAUGAAAAGUGGUCUGGUGUAGAUGUCAGUGGUGGUAAAGGUAUCGACGUCAAGCAAAUGGGUGUCUACAUAAGCUACUUAGUCAAAGUAGGUUUCUUACCAAAACCAACCAAGAAGGGUUUGCCAUUGCCAGAAGUUGAUAUCUCUGAUGAAACUGUCAAAUUGAUCACUUCUGGUGCUGGUGGUCGUGGAUCUGCUGCCAAAUAG